GCUGCUGCUACAGUCGGCCUAUGUGUCAGUGCGAGUUUAAUGGCGGCGGCGACGAGAGGAGUAGCGCGAGUAGCUGCUGCCGUUCCGUGCGUAGGACCUGCCGCGCUCGCUCGUCCUUCUGCCGCUGAGCACCAGCUGCUACAGGAGCUCUGAGGAAGGAUAAGAACGAACACGAACACGAUCCUGUGUGUGUGGACUGCAAGACGCGGGAGUGCGCGCGCGGCCAGGACUCGCUGCGAUCUCGUUCUCUUUCUCUCUGUGUCCGCGGGUUCAACGCCACUUUGGAGCGCAGGCCCUGCUCUCUAUCUCUAUCUCUCUCGCUCGCUCUUUCUCUAUCUGUGUAUACACGUACUCGCUCGCACACACGGCUAGACGGCUCGGGGGUUGUUGUUUCUCCGGGUCGGCGGCUGUACACGCCUGGGUGAUAUCGCAUCGGAGGCGCCGGUAUUACAGAUAGUGCAGCGUCUCGCUGAGUGCGCGAGUGUGUCCUGGUGCGCGGAAGCGUAUUAUAUAGUAUAGCCGGAGGAGCGGCGGGCCAAAGGGCGAGGAAGGCCGCGCAUAGCUUCGUCUCUCUCUCUCUCUCUCUCUAUAUAUAUAUCGCCCUUGCGCAUUCGACUCAAGUAUAAGUAUAUAUACAGCACGGAAGAGUAGCGCACAUCAGUAUAGCGGAGUCGGAGCAGCGCAGGACUGCGGGAGGAGGACCGAAGGGACAUGCUGCAUCGCGAUGUCUCCUAGGGACGACGAGGACGACGCUCUGUCGAACAGAGAUAUGUGCAGAGGAACGCAAUGAGAAGAGUCAGUUCAGCCACCAGGUGGUAAUUCUAAUUGGCUUCAUGGCUGGUUGAGCCAGUCUUAGAUGAGGCCCUCUUUUCCUCGUUCAACUCAUUGUCUCCUUCCAGCCAUCAAACUGCACUGCGCAUGUAGCACGAGUGCAUUUCUCAGCUUCACUAUAAACCACACACUAUGAAUCUCUUUGGACUAUGGUCCAUCUCCCUGCGACCACUGGUGCCACCGCCACCACGGUUGACACAGUUGCUCAUUCUCUACUAUGCCUGUCUUGUACUCUGCUUGAUCCCUCUUCAAGCAGUGUCAGCCACCUCUGAGGAAGUAGCUGGUUCCGCAUCUGCUUCCAAUGAAACUCAGCUUGUACACAUCGUGGCACAGUUUCCAUCAUUGGCUUCUGGACAGAUGCAAAGAACCUACUUGGAUUAUAAUUCCACUUCUCUACGCUUCAACCACCUUGUGAUAGAUCCCAAUACUGGUCAGCUCUUUGCUGGUGCUGUCAACAGGCUAUUGCAGCUAGACUCUGAUCUCCAAGUAAAAGAGCACGUGAUUACAGGUCCUAAGCACGACAACCCGCAGUGCCAUGCAACAGGAUGUUCGUCCACGGACAUCGAGACCAGCUUGACCGACAACGUAAACAAGCUACUAGUAGCGGAUCUGGACACACGAACCCUCAUAGUCUGCGGCUCGUUGUUCCAAGGCGCGUGCGAAAAGCACCGGAUGUCCAACAUAUCCCUCAAGCUACAGAACUUCACGUUCGGCGUCGCAGCGAACGACGAAGCUUCCUCUACCUAUGCUUUUAUCGGUCCCGCGCGUUACAAUGCUUGGCAGAGCUCGAACAUCCUCUACGUCGGCACGACCUUCACUAACAAUGCCGAGUACCGACAUGACGUGCCUGCUAUUUCUAGUCGUAAUUUGGAUAAUUUGGAGUUCGCCGAGUAUACCUUUAAUAAGCAGUCCAUUCUUCAUAUCGACGUGAAGUACCGUGACCAUUUUCUCGUUAAAUAUGUCUACGGAUUCAACGCCAGCACCUACGCUUACUUCGUCCUCGUCCAAAAACAGUCUUACCUGCCAGAAGAGGAAGAACUUGGUUAUAUAUCGAGGAUAGCUAGGAGCUGCAUCACUGAUCCGAACUACGACAGCUACACGGAGGUGACGCUCCAGUGCAACGUAGAAGGCAGAAAUGAAUCGUACAAGCUUGUGCAAGAUGCGAAAAUUGGAACUGCCAGUAGUGACCUAGCUUCUCAGUUAGGAAUCAGUGCUGGCUCUUCGAUUUUUGUCGCUACCUUCUCACCUAGUAAGGGUAUCACCAACGAGCCUCUGCCAAAGUCUGCAAUAUGCGUCUACAGUCUCCAGGACAUCGAGAACAAGUUUGACGAAAACAUCCACAUGUGCUUCAACAGUAGCAUCAAGUACAGGAACAUGGGCUAUAUUAGCGGACCCAUCCAGGACGGCGAGUGUCCGCAGUCCACUGGAAAUAUUGGAGACUUCUGUGAAGUUGGAUUAAAAAUUUCUGGUGUAUCUCCAAUUGUUGGUCAAGCAGUUUUACACUUUCCUGAUACUUUUGUUACUUCUAUUACCUUGGCAAACACAGAGAGUCAUACUGUUGCUUUUUUGGGUACAGAAGAUGGUGCUGUAAAGAAAGUUUUACUUUCUGCGUCGGAUGCUUCAGUUUAUGAAAGCAUCGUAGUAGAUAAAGGUCAAAAAAUCCUUCCAGAUACUGCCGUUGCACCAAGUGGAGACUACCUUUACGUUCUAUCAAAUUCUCGGAUUUCAAAAGUUAAGGUGCAACACUGUAGUAGUUACACGAAUUGCAAUAGCUGUCUAGUAGCUGGAGAUCCGUAUUGUGGUUGGUGCUCUUUAGAAAAAAGAUGUACUGUACGUCGAGACUGUCAGAAAGCGAAUAGAAGUAGUCCACGCUGGCUGUCUCUGGGAACUGGACAGCAAUGCAUCGAUUUUGAGCAAGUGCUUCCGGAUCGCAUACCCAUCAAGCAGAUGACGACGGUACAACUGACUAUUAGAACACUGCCUGAACUGCCUACUGGUGCAAAGUACAAAUGCGUUUUCGGCAAAGCCGAACCAAUAGAUGCCAUUAUGACCAUGUAUGGUCUGUCCUGUCCGACUCCACCUAUCUACUCUAGACCCAACAUCCCCAAGGAUGCUGAUCACGUUCUCGUGCCAUUAUCCGUUCGCUCGAGUGAAACUAACAAAGACUUUGUAUCGCGUAAUUUUGCCUACUUCGAUUGCUCGAAGCAUACGAUUUGCUCCGAGUGCGUUAAAGCGCAAUGGACUUGCAGCUGGUGCGUCUAUGAUAAUAAAUGCACGCACAAUACGACUGAAUGUCAAGGUGACAUAAUUUCUGGAGAAAAUAAUGUACAAGCAACCCUUGCAGCACAUGGGGCUCAGUAUUGCCCACGGUUUGUUACUCCGGAGAAACCGCUCAUGCUGCCAAACAACGUUCCCAAAGAGAUCACCCUCGAAGUGAAAAAUCUGCCGCAUCCACAAGUCGGUCACACCGGUUUCCAGUGUUUUGUAAAUAUCGAAGGUGCUCAUUUGCGCGUCCAAGCCCGAGCUGAAAGCAGUCGUUACAUCAUUUGCGACAAAACAGUAUAUUCUUAUGAAGCACAAACGGGCGAGUACGAAGCCGAGGUGAUGGUUAUGUGGAACUCGAAUCACUACAUUGACCGCACCAGCAUCAUACUGUACAAGUGCGAAGUAUUGGGUUCUCACCGAGAGCAUGCAGAUUGUUCGCUCUGCGUCACCCGUGAGCGACACUUCCAGUGUAGCUGGUGCGGCAGUAGUUGCGUUUAUCGAGACUCUUGCCUGAAUUCCGCAUUCACUGAGUGUCCAAAGCCACGUAUCGACAUGAUAAAACCGCUGAGCGGACCUAUCGAGGGUGGCACUCUUGUCACCAUAGAGGGUAGCAAUUUAGGUCUACGUGAAAGUGACGUCGCUGGAAAAAUUUUUAUCGGCAACGCUACCUGCACUCUCGUUGAUUACGAGAUUUCAGUCCGUAUUGUCUGUCGCACAAGUCAACACGAGGCCACCGACGAAGCUGCUGUUAUCGUAGGUAACGUCGCCGGGUUUACUCGCAGUGCCGUUUACUUCAGCUACAAAGAUAUCCGGCUAACCAGUCUGAACCCACGGGUCGGUCCACAAAGCGGAGGAACACGUCUUGCUAUCACUGGCCAAUAUCUCAACAUCGGCAGUGCGAUAUCAGCGUAUCUGGAUGAACUGCCCUGCCAAGUGAAUGCCAGCCAGGCUAGUAGUACACGACUAACUUGUGUUAGUAGCAGGUCUGGUCGCGUGCGAAGCAUAUCUAGACUGACGCUGAGCAUUGACGGGGCGAACCGUACUCUCGAGGGCAACCCUUACAACUACACGCACGAUCCUAGCAUCAUGGAGAUCAAGCCCUUGAGUAGCUUCGCUUCAGGAGGUCGUAUGAUUACAGUCCACGGCACGUAUCUCGACACCAUUCAAAAACCCGAGAUGGUCGUGUAUUUUGACAAGGAGAGCGUUCCAAUUAAUCGCACAAUUUGUUCGGUGCUCAAUCCGACGCAGAUGGAGUGUCCAAGCCCAAGUGUGGCUGGACGCUUCGGUAUAGCUCGUGACAAGCGUUCUCUUGGACGUAAGGUUGCCAGCCUCUCGCUCAAGAUCGGCUUCAUCAUGGAUAACGUUGAGUCGGUGCGCGACCUCGACAAGCACUCGCAGAACCUCCGCAAUCGGCUCGUGUACGUCGAGGACCCCAAGUUCUUCCCGUUUCCCAGCAACGUCAAGCUAUACAAAGGUGAUACUUUGGUCAUUGAGGGAGAGAGUCUGAACUACGCGAGCGACGAGUCCGACGUUAUGGUGACGGUCGGUACCCAGCCCUGCAACGUCACGUCGCUGGCUUUCUCACAGUUGGUUUGCACGCCUCCGGAUCAGCAACCCAUGGGUACCGACGAACACGGGGUGAAGACUGAAGACGGGCUGCCGCUUGUAGUCGUGCGCGUCGGCAAGAGUCUCAGGUUCCCGAUUGGUUACCUCCACUACGAUCUCAUCAAAUCCUACCCGAUACCGCCCGAGGCGAUCGCGGGUAUAGCCGCGGGCACUUUCGGCCUCGUCUUCAUCUUCAUACUGGUGCUCGUAAUCUAUAGACGCAAGAGUACACAAGCUGAGAGGGAGUACAAAAGGAUACAGAUACAGAUGGAUACGCUGGAGAGUAACGUGAGGAUGGAGUGCAAACAGGCCUUCGCCGAACUACAGACCGACAUGACGGAUCUCACCGCGGACUUGGAGUCGACCGGUAUACCGACCCUCGAUCACAAGAAUUACAUCAUGAAGGUCUUCUUCCCGGGAGUGAUCGACCAUCCGAUCCUGAACGACCCUCGUUCACGCAACAAUCUCACGCGCACCAACUACGACGCGGCGAUGCUGCAGUUCGAGCAGCUUAUCAACAACAAGUGCUUCAUCCUGACGUUCAUCGAGACGCUCGAGUCCCAGAAGGACUUCAACAUUCGGGACAAAGUGAACGUCGCCUCCCUUCUCAUGGUCGUCCUCAUGGGCAAGAUGGAGUACGCAACGGAUAUCCUGAUGAAUCUACUGCUGAGGCUUAUCGACAAGUCCGUCAACACGAAGCAUCCCCAGCUGAUGUUGAGGCGCACCGAGUCCGUCGUCGAGAAAAUGCUGACCAACUGGAUGGCCCUGUGCAUGUACAACUACCUCAAGGACUACGCCGGCUCGUCGCUCUUUCUCCUCUUCAAGGCCAUAAAGCACCAGAUCGAGAAAGGUCCCGUCGACGUCGUCACCCACGACGCCAGGUACUCCCUCUCCGAGGAGCGACUGCUGCGCGAGCAGAUCGACCACAGUAUCGUCACACUUCACGUUGUUCAGGACGACCUCGACGAAAAGAUCCAGUGUAAAGUCCUCGAUUGCGACACCAUUAGCCAGGUCAAAUCCAAGAUACUCGACGCCCUCUACAAGAACACACCCUUCUCUUUAAGGCCUUCGGUGCACGAGGUCGACCUCGAGUGGCGCCACGGCAGGGGCGGCCACCUUACCCUUCAGGACGAGGAUCUGACGACCAAGUGUUGUGGCGACUGGAAGAAGAUCAAUACCUUGGCUCACUAUGGAGUCAAGGAGUCCGCUGUCAUGUCGCUCAUUCCGCGGCAGAACGAUGGCUUCUCGCUCUCCUGCAAGCAGCCCUGUCACACUUGUAGCAAAACGUCACAGCAUCAUAUGCAGCAGCAUAUACAGCACCCAAGUCAACAGCAGCACCACUACCACUCGAGGCACGCGAUCAACCACUGUUCUACGUUGCAUCUACCGCCAACGCCGAAUCACGGUCUCUUAAGUCCCGCGACGAUGUAUGCCACCGGCCCUGGCAUUUACUUCGACAGUCAGCACUCGCCGCCGAUGAUUAUUGCCAACGGCGACGUCGAAACCGGACACACCGGCAGUCAGCGGCUCUAUCACUUGGUGAGGCCAGUAGAGGAGAGUCAAUACGCGACGAGUAUGGGCUUCGCGAGCGGUAAGGUACCGCCAGGUCUGCACCCGGAGCGCACCCACAAAGCAAUUCCCGAAAUCUUCCUUACGAGGCUGCUCUCGACCAAGGGCACCGUACAGAAGUUUGUCGACGACUUUCUUAACACGAUACUGACAGCGAACGAUGCGCUACCCAGUGCCGUCAAAUGGCUCUUCGACCUACUCGACGAGGCGGCCAAUAAGCACAACAUUCUCGACCCCGAGGUACCCCACGCUUGGAAGUCCAACAGUCUGCCGUUGCGGUUCUGGGUGAACUUCAUAAAGAAUCCAGACUUCAUGUUCGAUAUCAACAAGUCGACGACGGUGGACUCAAGUCUGUCAGUCAUCGCUCAGACUUUCAUGGACGCAUGCUCGACGUCGGAGCACAGGCUCGGCAAGGACUCGCCCUCGAAUAAACUGCUCUUCGCCAAGGAUAUCCCACAUUACAGGGAAAAAGUGGGCAGGUUUUAUGCCGAGGUGCAGAGAUUACCGCUCAUCACAGAUCAAGAGAUGUCCAGUGCCAUGCAGCAGCUAAGCGCCUCGCACGCUAACGAGUUUGAUGUCAUUGCCGCACUCAAAGAGUUGUAUAUCUACGUCAGCAAGUACUAUGGAGAGAUCCUCGAGGCGCUAGAAACGGAUCCGGGCUGCUGUAAACUCCACCUGGCCCAUCGGCUGGAGAACGUCGCUUGCACUCUCGAAGGCGAGGAGACGAGCGCCUGCUGACACAACUUCGGCCAGGCCUUCACCGUCCGCAAAAUCCACGACUUCUCCUCCAGAAACUCUGAUUAGUGCCUCCACAAUUGUCAAGUCUACUAACGGACACACGCGUGCGCGCGCGAAAGGAAUAUGUCGACGAAGUCGCGGACUCUUCGAGCUGAUCAGAGCGCGCUUCGCCAAUUAUCUGUAUACAUAUAUAGCCGACGAGAGAAUUGAUUGAUAUCCGAAGAAACACGUAUACACGGACAAAAAACUCAUAUGUACAAAGAAGAAACGUCUGCUGCUGCUGCUGCUGCUACCAGCGUCGAUUAAAUGGGAAUGAGCGUUAAGAGUAAAAAGAGGGAAGAGGAGCACGAGAGCAGCAGCCGCGAACGAGCUCCGAAGCGCGCGGAGCGAGUAAUAGCCUUUGGUAAGUUCGAAACGCCGCGUUCCGUCUUUGAUAAUUAAUGAGAGCGAGCGAGCGAGAGGUGAAAAAGGGAUAGAGAGAGAAAGGAGAGAGAAAAAAAGUAAACAAAUUCGUCGCGCGUCGAAUCGGUGGAUCCGUUCGGCGUGUAUUCACUCGGCGUAAACGCGUAUACGUAGGUACAUAUAUAUGCAUAUAAAUAUACAUGAUUUGCGCAGUCGUCGAUCGGAGAAGAGAGCGAGAGAUGUAUGUACGUAAUUACUGUGCGCGAGGCGAGUUUGCGCGCGUGCGUCCGCUCGUUUCACGGCGAUAAGGAUCGUUGGGGUAGAGAAUUUUUUCGUUUUUUUGCUGCACUCGCGCGCGCGCGCAAUCAUUUGCGCACCCACACCGACACGUUCAGAAACUGCGCGCUGUAACAAAUAUUCGAGCAUGACGGAUUAUAUAUACGUUUUUAAUUGAGAGAAAGUUAAGCGAUAAGCGGUUGGGGGGAGAAAAGCGUACGAGGUUUAUAUAUAUAUAUAUAUUGAGAUAAGAGGGAAAAAAAAUGAAAAUGAAAGAGGUUGAAGAAAAAGCCAUAGUGUCCAACGGACUGUAUGUGCGCCCAGUCGCGUACAGCAGCAAGUAGUCUGUGAUCUGAGCACGAGUGGCUAUGCCUACUAUCUUCAUUACGAUAUUAUUAUUGAUAUGUUAUAUAUAUAAAUAUUUAAUUACAUAAGAGUAAAUAUAUUAUAUAUAUAUGAAGAAUAUAAAAUAAAAAAUAUAUAAAUAUAUAUGAGAGAUGGGAUAAAGAACAAAAUAAAAGAUAUACCACUCGAGGAACGGGCAGAUUGUAGUGAGCUAGCUAGAGAGGGUUUAUUAUCUUACGAUGUAUAAAACAAGCCAGGGAUGAUGAGAUUGUGACGCGUAGUGUUACGGUAUACAUACUCUAUACGGUGACUAAGCUAGCGUUUAAGUUUAAGUGCGGCGUGGAGGUUGAAUGAGGAGCAGAAGAGGAGAGAGAGAGAGAGAGAAAACUACGUUAAUGGUCUACUUCGAAACGAAACGUACGCUGAAAACGUCGAACAAAAUAUAUGAAUUAAGCAUUUCAUUUCUAUUUAUUUUUGACGCGAGGAUAAAUUAAGUUGUUUUUUUUUCAUAUAACAAGAAAUGUAUUUAAUACAUUUUGAAAAAUGUGAUAUAUAGUUUCUUUUUGCAAAAUAAAUAUAAAUAUAUAUAUGUAUAAAUAUAUGUGAUGCGCGCAUUCUCUCUCACCUCGUCGUCUCCCCCUCGUUAAUACUCGAAAAAUCUCUUGCUCUCUUUUCUUUCGCGCUUUUCGUCUCUGGCCAGCAGAUUUCGUUUCCUGCGAUCUCCGUACGUAAAACAAAACUACCUAUAUGCGUUCGUAAUUCCUUCAUUUUUUUACUUUUAUACGAGACGGCAAUUAUACAUACAUAUAAAUAUAUAUAUAAAUAUUACGGCACACGAUUGUAUACACAUGCACUCUGUCAGAUUUUUCUGAAUGUCUCUCUAUGCUAUUCGUUCCCUUUGCAAAGUUCAAUGACUGGUGUUUACACAUACGCGCGAGCGCAAACUCGUGCGCAAAACUCGAUAUUUACAAGAGCUCUCUAUGCGUUCAAUCAACUUUUUUUAUUAUUAUUAUUAUGUUUUGCGUUUAGUCUAUUGACUAUUUCGUUCGAUUUUUUUUUUUACAUUUUUAGACUAAUCAAUUUCGAAUCGUCCGUGAUUUUUGCGGCGUCGACGACGAUAUCGCGUCUAUUGUUUAUCGUCUGAUAAGUGUAUCAUAUAGUUAUUAUUAUUAUACAAGCGUUUAAGUGAAGUGCAUUUCUUUUGAAAAAGCAAGCCGCGAAACACUAUACUCAUGAAUUUGUUUAUCGGUUUAUCUUUACUUUUUGUAUAUACGAGGAAAUUCGAAAAUAAUCAAAGCGCAGUCCUCGCUUUGGUCUGUCGCCUACGCGCGGUCAAGUCGACGUCAUAGAGUCUCUCGCGCGUCAAGCUCUAUUCGUCCAUUUCUGCGUCUUUCCUUUGCUUUUUUUCUUUCGCUCCUUCGUUCACGCUUUUUUUUUCGUUCGCCAUGCUUGUUUUGUCUCUUUAACGUUUGUAGAGUUCGCGACAAAGGAAAUUCCCCCUAUAUAUUAUUCGCAAAACAGCGUGUACUGCCAGGGCUCUUGAAAUGCAUCGCGUCCUUAUACAAACGAAAAAAAAAAAACAUUAAUAUGUGAAAAAACGAUGAUCUUAGGCUUAACGAAGAAAAAAGGAGAAAGGAAAAGGGAUCCGUCACUGGUGUCACGCUUGAGCGCGUGGGCCGCGUCGUGCUGGAAUCGUGGUCGUCGGAAAUCGCGCGUGUGCAUUUCGUCAAAGGUAUGCUGCUGCGAUUUAAAGGCCGCGUAAAGGGGUUGACGCUGAAUGGCUUAAAAAACGUGCAGGUCUUUGAUUUUAUUAUUUUGCCGAGCCUACCGCGAGCUACGUACCCUGAAAUAAGUACGCUGCGCAUAAUUACGAAAAAAAUUAAAUUGUACGUUCAAUGCUGCUUGCGUGUGCAGUUGGAAAUAUUUAGAAGGCUGUUUUGUGACAAAGAUUCCCUUUGAAGCUUGUGAAAUGCUUACACGUGCAUUUUGUGGCAUCGCGCGUUCAAACAUUUCAUUGCAUACGGAUCGCGAACAAAAGUUGCGGGUAAAGACAAAACAUUUUCAGUCAUUCUUUGCAGACUUCGCCUUCAAGUCCAAAAUUAACUAUAUUCGUUCGAUAAACUUUGCGUCAACGUUAUAAGAAUAAAGUAACUCUUCGAUUCAAGAUAGAAGCCUAUAAAAAAUUCUGGUUUAUCCGGUAUCGAUACCGGUGAGUCACAAAAAUCAAGACUGCGUUUUUUUAAGCUUACAAAGGUGCCUCGUGCAAAGCGUCGAGGUUCUACAUUGAAAUCGUGAAAAGUUGCUCGAUCGUAAUAACACUCUCCCAAUAUUUAGUAUUAUUUAUGCAUCAAUGACUGAUUUUAAGACUUAAAUAUAUCCGGAAAAAGCCUAAGAUUCCUCAAUCUUUCUCAACGGAUGCAUUUCUCUAAUAUUAUCUAUUCUAAGUCAAUGAUCUCUACAAAGCUACCAGUGAAAAAGGCUUUUCAAGUUCGGAACUGUGAUAACACAUUUCUCUCGGCGGCGAGCUUGCGCCAAGUUCUGCCAACGCUGAAAUCGAUGCGGCAACUUUUCAGGAUUUCGAAACGCCGGGGCUCGCGAAAUGGCCGCAAUGUUCUUGUACUUAAUUAAGAUUUAAGACUAUACGUUAAACCGUGAGGAGGGCAGCCGAAGGGAAAAAGUAAACAGAAAAUAUAUCGAGUCUCGAGAAUAGACCUUUGAAUCAGCGCGAGCGACUCUUCCGGCUUUCGUGCGGCGCGAUUCUAUCCGGCGUCACCCGCGCAUCGUCGCGCCACCGCCACCGCCGCCGACCUAUGUAUAUCUUAUCUAUAUGUACUGUAUUUAUUUAUAUACUAAACUACCGAGCAAGCUCUAUAGCUUUAUGCGACUUUGAGUGUAGCACUCGGCGCGGCUAUAGUCCAUGCGAUGCCGCUGUCCGACUGCUGAUGUCUGUCUACCAAUGCGCGUGCAUUCACUGUAAAAAAAGGAACAUUCAGUGUUGAAUUUGUACUAGUAUAGAUAGAGAAAAUUGUAACGAUUGACUGAUGUUUUCCUUCUUCGCGAUCGAAGUAUAUUAUAUUUGAUGUGUAAUAACACUCGAGCUGAUGGAUUAAAAUUUUUUUCGACGUUGGCAUUAUUUAUACGAUUGAAAGGGUUUACUAGAGCAUCUUUUUUUACAGUGCGCGUACACGUAAUGCGACUUUUCUGACUGUGUAUUUUGCUUUCUCGAGACUGACCCAGAUGGAAGCAUUUUGCAUUUCGUUAGCUGCAUUAGCGUUUUUAUAGCAAAGCCGGAAAAAAGCGCAUGAUAAAUUCACUUAAGCAGAAAAUUAUAAGUCAGUAAUGUUUAAAUUAUCAUUUCCGUUAAACCGAAGUAAUCAACAAAAGAGCUGUACAAAAUGAAUAUUUGAAAUUCUUCACCCCCGUCUUUUAUCGGAACGACACAACUGCAAGAGAGCAUACAGUAUGCUAUUUAUAAGACUUCCACAAGUAAAGCUCUUGCGUUAAGUGAUUUGUAGAGUGUACUUAUGCGCGACGCGAUUAUUUAUUUGUGAUUCAGACGUUUUUCUAGAAAUAAGAGCUGACCUGGAUCACGCGACGAGUUUUAUUUAACUUGAGCAAAUAACGCAUUCGUGCAAAAAAACAAACUUUACAAACUAACGGUAAAUCCCUGAAAUAAACAUUUAAAGCGAUUUGUUGAUUUAUCAGUUUGACAAAUGAAAGACAAACAAAGCCCCUUUCGACUAAUCUUGUAAGAAGAUUUCAAUUCUUACUUCUGGGUUUGUCUCGAGCGACGUUAAAUGUCUUCCCUAAUGCGCAAGGAAGAAUUACUCUCAUUUCUUUUUCUCUUUAAAUCGAGCGUGAACUUCCUAAGCUCAAACGAGGAUUAUUCUAAGCUCAAGACUUUUGAAACGAAAACGAGAAAUUAAGUCUUUGAAGUAAGGGCGUGCAAGCGAUAAAAUUAAUAGCGUCAAUUAUUUUGCCACAACGUUAUGUAGUAAAAACAAGAAAAUGUCUCGUGCUAGCAAGUUCUGUUCUCGCAAACGUUUACUUUCAUGUAGUCUUGCAGCGGAAUAUGGAAACUCGUGAACGUCCGAUGUGCAAUUUCGCUCGACACCAGACUGGAUUCCGUUGCGCGGAAAGCGUCUAUUGUGUAUAUUUGUCCCGUUUUCUCGCAAGUCCAGUCGAGCAAUUCCAAUAAUACGUAUAGCAUCUAUCUCAACGAUGUACAAUUAUAUAGACAUAUAUAAAUAUCGUUCAUGCAGACCGAGUUCACGACCGAGCGAAAAGGAGAAAAAGAAAUAUCCUAUACCUGUGUAUUUCUGCGUUAAUUUUGUACGAUUAUGAUUCUUAGCUCGUGCGAUAUGUCUUUUUCUGGAAGAUCGAUGAAAGUUCAUGUAGAGUAGAAACGAGUGAAAAAAAAGAAUAACUAAAUUAAAGGUAAAAGUUUAGAAAGAGAAAAAAAUUAUUAGACUUGGCGUUGAAAAAAAAGUAGUGAGUGCGUUGGUUAAUUUGAAUAUUAAUGUAAUUAAUUAGACGAAAAUUGAGAGUGAAAAUGUAGACAGUGAUAGAUGACGUUUUUUUUUUUAAUAUAUAUCAUUGUUAAUUUUAAUUCGGUUCUCGUGGAGAGCCGCGACGACAUCCAAUAUCCAGAGCAUCGAAGUAUUUGCCGUAAUUGGACUGAGAUCGGCGAGAGAUAAUGUAAUGUAUAUUCGAUCCAACUCGAUUUGUAUCCGAAUAUUGCUAAUAAAUUAUUUUGUAAAGUCAAGUGAUAUUCUUUUUAAAAUGAUAUACUCUGCGUGUCAGAAUAUAAACCUUGAAACAAUUAUUAUAUGCGAUCGCUGUAGAAUCUAUAAUUACAAUUCAUAUAUAUAAAUAUACGAGGUUCGAUGACGCGCCGAUAAAAAUAAAUAUACCAUGUUGACAGCAUUCGCAUACAGAUUCAGCUGGAUUUCAAUCGCAAGAUUGUUUCUUACUGUAUAUCGCACACACUGUACACUAACACAGAUACACACACACACACACACACACAGAUUCGUGUAUGCUCGUCUUCGUGAAGCACACUCAUAAGCGCGUUGGUAUAACUCAUGCAUACAGUCUGGUGACCAUGUGUCAAUUAAGCAUUCAACGACUUUUAUACAAUAAGGACAUUCAACAGUUCAUUAAUGUAUUAACUUUGUAAUAACGUCUCGGUCUUACUAUUGGUUCAAAAUUUUAGUUUGUAAUAUAACAGAGAAUGUUCAAUUGACAUAUCGUUCAGUUAUUCACUGAUUUCUCGAUAUAAUAAAACGAAGAGUGUCUACCAGCUCUCGCUAUACCAACAUAUUAUACAGCUCGCGCAUAAGCUCUCGCUUAUAUACGAGAAACUCGAGCGCGCGAGUAUCACAAAGACUUUAAAGAGGAGAAAACUCAAAGACUGGCUGCGAAUACUCAAUUAAAGCACAUUUCCUCACGACAUACUAUCUCCUUGACAUUUUGCAAUUUACAUAUAGGCUUUAAAGAUUAAAAAUUUUAAGCGCGCUAGGACUGUGAAUUAUUAUACGAAAACCAACGAAGCUACCUGCUGGCAUAUAAUAGACAUACUUUGUGUGCGUAAACGAGAUAAAGAGAUGAGAUGCAGCAGCAGGCCGAGCGAGCGAUGUACCGACAGAACAAAAAAAAAAAA